AUGGCGCCCGUCCUGAGCCGGCUUGGGGAGGAGCUCGGCUUUGCAGCCCUCGCUCGCGCGCACUCGCCGCGGGACGUCGGUCUCUUGAUCACCAGCAGAUUCGUCCGUUUGAUCGGAUUCGGCGCGGUCGCACCGCUCCUCGUCCUGUACCUCAACCUCUGCGGCUUCUCGGACCGCUCGGCGGGUCUGUUCCUCACCCUCACCCUCUUGGGCGACGUCGUGCUGUCGCUCGGCGUGUCGUGGGUGGCGGACAGCGUCGGACGGAGACGAGUUCUCGCUCUCGGGAGCGCGUUGAUGGCCUGCAGCGGGUUCGCCUUUUACCUGUCGAGGAACUACACGGUCUUGCUCGUCGCGGCGACGUUCGGCGUCAUCUCCCCGUCGGGCAACGAGGUCGGGCCGUUCAGCUCGGUCGAGAUCAGCACCCUGAGCCAGCUCGUCCAGCCCGAGGACCGUGUCUUCGUCCUCAUGAACUACCAAGUACUCGGCUUUGUCGGCCUCGCCCUCGGGUCGGUCGCGUCGGGGUCGCUCGUGACGGCGCUCGAGCGCGACAACUCGGCGCACGAGAGCUACCGGUUCGUCUUUGCGUGCUACGGCGCCAUCGCGCUCGUCAAGAUCGUCCUCAGCCUCGCCAUGACACAGUUUGCCGAACUCGACCACCCGCCGUUUCCCGUUCGAGGGGGCGCGAGCGCGCACGACGAGUCGGACGACGAGACGCUCACCGGGACGCCGACCGAGCAGUCGCCUCUCCUCGCCGUCCCUGGUCGCCCACUCGUCGGCCGCACCUCGAGCACGACGCCGCACGUCGUCGACCCGUCGACCAAGCUCGACCUGCCGUCCGCCUCGUCCCAGUCGGCCUCGUCGCUCCCCCUCAUGCGCCUCCUCCUCGUCGUCGCCCUCUUCUCGGUCGACUCGUUCGCGUCGUCCCUCACGCCGGCGUCGUACGUGUCGCUGUACUUCAAGUCGGUCUACAAGGCGUCGAUUUCGACCAUCUCGGCCGUCCUCGCCGGGUCGGCCCUCGGCGCCGUCUUUACGUCGUUGCUCGCGGGUGCCCUGUCCAAGCGCAUCGGCCUUGUGCUCACGAUGGUCUCGGCUCAUGUCCCGGCGCAGAUUCUCACGGCCGCCAUGGCCUUUGCGCCGACCCUCCCGUCCGUCAUUGCGCUCUACGUCGCCCGCACAUGCAUCUCGUCGAUGGACUCGAGCAUCCGGGGCGCGCUCCUCUCGGCGAUGGUCGCCAAGCAGUCACGCACUCGUCUCCUCGGAUCCGUCGACGUCGCGCGCACGCUCGCCGCGGCGCCCGGCCCUUUCGUCACCGGCCGCCUCAUCAGCAUCGGCAAAUUCAGGUGGGUGUUUGUCAUCAGCGGCGCCAUCAAGAUCGUCUACGACCUCGCCCUCCUCCUCUCGCUGCGCCGCGCCAAGCUGCAGCACUGA